AUGGAGCUGCGUCUCUCUACCUGCAUCCUGCUGGUACUUUGUGUGACAUCGAGUGCAAAUGGAGGAAACGUUUUAGUGUGGUACACCGAAGGCAGCCACUGGAUAAACAUGAAGCCUGUUCUGGAGACGCUGGUUGACAGGGGACACCAGGUGACUGUACUGGUCCCGAGCUCGUCAAUGUACAUGAACACCAAUGAACCCGCCCGCUUUCACUACGAGCCCUUCAAUGUCACUUUCUCAUUGGAGGCUAUGGAGGAGUUUCUAGAAGAGUUCCUCCAAUUCAGUGUAUAUGAGAUUGAUUAUAUGAGCUACUGGGAGCUCUACAUCAGAUUCACUGACAUGAUGAAAGCUAACCUGCGGUUUUCUAUCCAGUAUUUGGACGGUGUGGUGAAAUCAGAAGCCAUCAUGACGAAGUUGAAAGAAGGAAAUUAUGACCUUCUCUUGGCUGACCCCAUCUACCCUGGCAGUGACUUGGUAGCAGAUAUUUUGGGGAUCCCACUCGUCUUCUCUUUGCGCUUCUCCUUAGCUAAUAACUGGGAGAGGCAUUGUGGUCAGAUGCCUGCUCCACCAUCCUUUGUGCCUGGUGCAAUGAGCAAACUCACAGAUAAGAUGGACUUCUCAGAGAGAGUGUGGAACUUUCUCUUCUAUGCUCUUCAAGACAUCACGAUUGAUCACACUUUUUGGAACGUAUUAGACAGAUAUUACUCUGAUGUCAAAGGAACUCCCACCAGUGCCUGUGAGUUGAUGAGUAAAGCAGACAUCUGGUUAAUCCGAACCUACUGGGAUUUUGAAUUCCCUCGUCCUUUCCUCCCCAACUUCAAAUAUGUUGGUGGGAUCCACUGCAGACCUGCUAAACCUUUACCAGAGGAUCUGGAGGAAUUUGUGCAGAGUUCUGGAGAUGAUGGCAUUGUGAUCUUCACUUUAGGAUCCGUAAUCAGCAACGUCACCAAGGAGAAGGCAAACAUGAUAGCCUCAGGCCUCGCUCAGAUCCCACAAAAGGUGCUGUGGAGAUACAGAGGAGAAAAGCCAGAAACUUUGGGUGCCAACACUCAAAUAUAUGAUUGGAUUCCUCAGAAUGACCUCCUGGGUCACCCUAAAGCUAGAGCUUUCAUCACCCAUGGAGGCACAAAUGGGAUUUAUGAAGCAAUCUACCACGGCGUUCCCAUGGUGGGCAUCCCCGUGUUUGGUGACCAGCCAGACAACAUGGUCCAUAUGAAGGCUAAAGGUGCUGCAGUUAUUUUCAACUUGAAUUUCAUGACGUCUGAAGAUCUUAGAGACGCAAUCAACACAGUCAUCAAUGACAAAUCGUACAAAGAAAAUGUUAUGCGGCUGUCCAGCAUCCACCACGACAGACCCAUGAGUGCUCUGGAAGAGGCAGUAUUCUGGAUCGAGUUCACACUGAGAAACAAAGGGGCCAAGCACCUGAGGGUCCAGGCCCAUGAACUCACCUGGUACCAGUAUCUCAGCCUGGAUGUCCUGGGCUUCUUCUUCACCAUAGUUCUACUCAUCAUAUUCAUCUUCAUCAAGACCUGCAGUUUCUGCUGGCACAGGUGUUGUGUCAGGAGAGGAAAGACAAAAAGGAAGGCUGAAUAA